GCUGCAAAUUAUCCUGCCUGCCCAUACUCAGUCCUGGGGCACAGUGAACGAAUUAGUGUACCCCUGAAGCUGCCAUCCUACCCAGUUGAGCCCUCUGAUUGGAGGAUUUCUGCCCUCAUCCUCCACCGAAUGCUUUUAGGAUCUUGGUGAGCUUCCUGCUGCUCUUCUCUUUUUGUACGGCUGCACAUUUGCAGUGGGGUGGAACAAGCCAUGAGCACAUGAACCAAGUCAACAGCCCCUGGAAUCUUUGCAAGCAGCAUUAUGACCAAGUGUCUAGUUUGCAUGUUGGCCACUAUCAAGUGUGAACCUAGAAAGAUAUAAAGCAGUAUGACUUCCUGUAAAUUCCCAGUGACACACUCAUGGCCACACCUACUGAGGGAGAUGAUUAUAAAAAGACAGAGCAGCCUGACUCAGGCACAGAAGUCUCGGGGCACAGAAGGAGUCACCUCACUGGCGCUCGUGUCGGCCAAGAAGUCAAGAUGGCCAAAGUUCCUGAUUUGUUUGAAGACCUGAAGAACUGUUAUAGUGAAAAUGAAGAAUACAAUUCUGCCCUUGACGACCUCUCUCUGAAUCAGAAAUCCUUCUAUGAGGCAAGCUAUGGCUCACUUCAUGAGAAAUGCACGGACAAAUUUGUGUCUCUGAGAGCUUCCGAAACCUCAAAGAUGUCCAACUUCACCUUUGAGGAGAGCCGGGUGAUGGUAGCAGCGACAUCAAACCAAGGGAAGAUUCUGAAGAAGAGGCGGCUGGGUUUCGAUCGGGUCUUUGCUGAAGAUGACCUGGAGGCCAUGACCCAUAAUUUAGAAGAGACCAUCCAGUCAGAUUCAGCACCUCACGUCUUCCAGAAUAAUGAGAUAUACACGCAGCUCAGGCUUGUCAAGUCGAAUUUUGUCAUGAAUGAUUCCCUCAAUCAAAACAUAUGCCUGGAUGUGGACAAGGUGCAUCUCAGAGCUGUGUCACUAACCGACCUGCAACACGAAGUAAAAUUUGACAUGUACGCCUACUCGUCAUCGGACGAGUCUAAAUAUCCUGUUACCCUAAAACUCUCAAACACCCAGCUGUUUGUGAGCGCUCAAGGUGAAGACGAGCCUGUGCUGCUAAAGGAGCUGCCUAAAACACCGAAAGUCAUCACGGGGAGUGAGGUCGACCUCGUUUUCUUCUGGACACAGAUCAAAACUAAGAACUACUUCACAUCAGCUGCCUACCCAGAGUUGUUUCUCGCCACCAAAGAACAGAGCCGGGUGCACCUGGCGAGGGGGCUGCCCUCGAUGACAGACUUCCAGAUCUUCCUCACCUGUAAUUAAAUCCAGCAAUCCAAGGAUGGGAAGAUCUGAACCGUGACAACCACAUCAACAACCACAUCAUUGCUACUGGGAGUUUUCUUCCUAGGAUGCAAUCAGUGUUUCCUCUGGGUUCCAACUUUGUUGUCAAACCAUGGCGUCGCAUGACUGUCAACAAUAAUAAUCAGUGCAUUGUUGCUGAUCAUAAUUCAAUAAAACAAGCUUGAA